AUGAUUUAUUGCGUUUCAAGAACUUACUCUAAAACAAACAAAAUACAGCAUCAAAAAAGUUCUUCUAUUAGUACAAUUAAUUCAAAACCACCUGAAACUAGCCAUAAUUCAAUUCACAAUUUUUAUGUUUCUAACAAUAUGAUGCUCAGUAUUUUAACUGUCUCAGGUCAAGAAUCAUCCAAUAAUUAGUCAUAAAUAACCUAAAACACUUAAGAUGAAGACAAUUAAUUUUAUUCUUACAGAAAAUAAUUGUAAAAAUAAUUGUCUGAAAGGAAGGUCAAAAGAAAUUAUGAUUUAGAACCAUAAACUAGGGAAGACUUUUCAAGAUAAUCAAUUCACAUACCCGUUUAAAUUGAACCAUAAUAAUAUCAAAGAUAAAGUAGUAGGACUGUUCCAAAUCUAGUACAGAUAUCAUCAACCCCUACUAAAGUCUAAAAAUUAAUCAAUCCUUUGAUAUUUAACUCUUGUUCAAAUGAAAUCUCUUUUGGGUAAUACAAAUUUAAAAAAAAUGAAAUCUUAUAAGAUGAAAAUUCAAUGUCAAACAUUCAAGAUGAUAAUACACAGAUCCAGAUGCCGAUGAAAUUUUAACCAUUUCAGUUUAAAUUUUCUUAAUAAUGA